AUGACCAGCGAAUCUGUUCAGCCGGGUCUUACUCCGCUUUCACAUCUCAAGGCCGUGCCUACUACUUCCAGCUCCAAGCCAGUCGCAUUCAAAGACUCGUCCAUUUUGCAGGCAUCUCCUCAGCUUCGACAUCGGUCUCGAUUAUCAAAAAAUGUCAAUCGUGAUGAGCCGGUUAGCGCGACCAGUGACAAGGCAACUGUUGCAUUGAUAAGACGCGUUCUUUGUUCGCAGGCGGGCAAUCAAAGCGGAGGUGCUUCAACCCCACAGCCAUUGGAAGAACUGUUGCCUCCUUUGACGAGUUCAAAUGAAGUUGAUCUUCAACUGUAUGCAUUAAUCGCUAUCAUUAUCAAGGAAUUCGUCUUCUCAUGGUAUUCGAAAAUCACAUCGGAUCAGAACCUCGUCAAGGAAGUCAUUCAAGUGAUCGCGCACUGUACUCGUGCUCUUGAGCAGAGGUUGCGUGAAACUGACAUUGCACAGUUGAUCUUGGAUGAGAUUCCUGGUCUAAUAGAGGCGCAUAUAAUAUGUGAGAUAUCCCCCUAUGGCAGCUGGCCGGUCUUCUAUACUCACGCGCGAAAUUACUUUGUAGCGUACAGGCUGGCCCGCGAUGAAAGUACACUAUCCGGACUCUCUCCCUCUGUUCGCGAGACAUACCAUGCCUUACAUCCACAUCCGAGUCUUUCACCAAUCCCAGAUUCCUCGGAUAUGCGGACUAUUGCGAAACAACGCGAGAACGAGGCAAUAUACCGGCAGUUGCUGGUCCAUGGAAUGUUGGCUAUUCUACUCCCGACGGAGGAUUUGGAAAAUGCCCCUCUACGGACCAUUAUCGGUGACAUACUAGCAGAUUUGAUACUUGGGAACGCAGUCAGCGAAAAGAUGUGUCAGGGAUGGUUCUUGUGGGAGACUACCACCAAGCUCCUAUCGACAGCAGAACGACUUGACGAACGUGAGGAGAACACGGCAGAUAGUCACCAGCAGGAUCGCCUACACAGAUUCGGCCUGCUCAAUGUCAACGAUGAUCCCAAGUCGGACCAAUCGUCUUCACAGAUUCGCUCUUUUGGACAAGCAUGGCUAUGGAAUAUCCUGCAAUAUCUGUAUCUGACAUAUACUGCUCUUCAAUUCAUCGUGACGGGACUUUUUCGCGUGAUGACAAAUGCCAAAGCGAAUGUUUCGUCAGCUGCUACAACGCCAGGAAAUUCCGAGAGCGGGAAAUUGGCUCCCAUGGGUGGCACAUCGACGAAGCGCCCUAUUCUCAAUUAUCGAAUCUAUAGUAUGGUUUCGCAAAUGCUGGACAUUCCUCGGAGAAUGCCAUGGCUGGCAGGAUCUCUCUCGCUUUUCCAAUAUUUGACUUUGGCGGGACCGGGCAAAUUGGGCGAGACCGGCAGUGUCCUUGACAGGUGA